AAAAAAGAUUUUGCAACACCUAUCUGACCUUCUUCCCUCCCGCACUCACCCGCCGCCUUCUCCCCCGCAGGUCCUAACGACAACUACCCCGAACUGACAGCUGUGCCAUACUUCAUGUCUCCGGGCUCAAGAAAUAUCACAGUGGCGGUGGGACAGACGGCGUAUCUGCACUGCCGGGUGGCGCAGCUUAUCGAUACUGCGAAAGUGUCCUGGAUAAGGAAGAAAGACCUGCACGUGCUGUCCUCGGGCCUCGUGGUGUUCGCCUCCGACCAGAGGUUCCAGGUAAACCAUCCUGAGAAAUCCGAGAACUGGACUCUGCAGAUCAAGUACGCCCAGCUGAGGGACAGCGGGAUUUACGAGUGCCAGGUCAACACGGAGCCAAAGAUCUUCAUGGGAUACACGCUGAAUGUCGUGGAAUCCAAAGCAACCAUUUUAGGCCCGGAAUAUGUGAAGACUGGAAGUACGAUAAACCUUACUUGUGUCAUCAACCAAGCCCACAUGUCAGGCCUGGUAUACUGGUACCACAACAAGGACAUCCUCGCUUACGAAGGCCCCGUGACGAUCAGCACUCGGGAGGAGCGCCAGCGGACCGUGUCGCACCUGACCAUCCGGGAGGCGUCGCCCAAGAACUCGGGGAACUACACCUGCUGACCCACAUCGGCGCGCCCUUCCUCCGUCGUCAUCAACGUGGUCGU